AUGGUUCAAUACACAGCCAGGCCAUACGGCUCCAGCACACAAAUAGAUAGCAACGACUGCGCAACCUAUUGGAUGCUUGAUGACUGCAGCAAAAUCUCCGAUGCCAACAUCGAGUUGGAGCUGAAAGAUAAAGGCAUAUUUCCCCCGGCUGGCACUCAGCCCGCUCGACGUAUCGCGCUCCUAUCACGCGCUCAGCGAGGACUACUGAUCUAUGAGAAAUGCACGUUGGAAGAGCUCAGAAGAUUUUGCAUGCAACGUGCCAUCCUCAAAACAGGCGGGAAGAAGUGCGAAAGGAGCAAUAUCAAACACGCGGUCGAAGGGCGCUUCAAGAAAAGCAACUUCAUCAAGCAAGCCCGAGACGAUGAACUCAUCACGCUCCUGGAGACAGCCGACGAGCACUCCACCUUGGAACGUUUCCUCGAUCUUGAUCCAGCGAUCCGCAAGCAGAUUUUCUCCAUGCAUCUCUCGAGCCUUGAGUACCACCACAUCCCAACUUUGCCACCAGUGACUCGAGUCUCGCGCCUCAUCCGGCAAGAAACAUAUCCUCUCUUCUACGACCUCUGUCCAGCAAACAUCCGCAUCGCGCGCAAGCCACCGUCUAUCAACACAGUCACCAAACUUGCAGACCCGCCUUUUCUGCCUGCCGUGGAACGUUUCUUCACCAAGCACACCUUGCAGCUGAACAGAUUCCGACGCAUCAACGUCUUGUUAUCAGUCGAGCCCGAGGCCUGGAAGUUCACGAGCUGGAGGUAUACGUUGAAGGUGGGUGAGAGGGAGGUUUUGAGCCUAGAGAGGGAAGAGAAGCCGCACAAUGAGAGGAAGAAGGAAGUUGGGCUGCGGGAGACACGGGUUAGUUUGAACAAGAGGAUGCAGGAGCUUGUGGAUGACAUGGUUGAAAGGGGCGACGGGAUCAAGUUUAGGAGGACGGAUUGGAAAAUUUUGAAAGGGCACAUUCUGUCAUUAACGAUUUUGUCGAGCGGGCUCGACAUUGAUCAAGGAUCUAAAGUUUUCUGUCCGAUUGUCGAAGCACUGAAGGGCCCAAAUCAGUCAUUUUCGAAGCCCAAGCAAGCAUAUGCUCUCAGCUUUCCGCCAAGGCUAUGA